CGGCCGGGUGCGCAACAAAAGGGUGUGGAGAACGGCCCCGUACGCGUUCAGUAAUCUCCGCGAGCAACGGAGUAGUCGCAAAAAACAGUGUUCCCUAGCAGAUGAGCUACGACUUGUGGAGCUGGAAAGCGCGCUGAGCGAAAUUUCAGACAAAAACUCACGUCAGUCGAGUCCAGUCUCCGAGCACAGAGCUUUUAGGACGGAGGGACUGGUGCGGUUGCACAGAAGCAAGGAAGCAGGUGAUGCGGCUGCGACGUCCUGGCCGAUGAAAUCAGCAGGACAUAUCCAAGAGGAUGCUUCGAAGAUUCCAAAUGCUGCUGGACGUGGUCAUGAUGUUGACGGUCAUGAAGAUAGUACCUGCUCGCAGAAGGAUGAUGUGAAGGAGCGCAGCAGAACUUUUGACUCGUUGGGAAGCGAAGCGUCUAUACUGACGGAAGAGGCCUCACAGGAGGUUGACAUACAUGAAUUCAGCUUUGGUAAAUUGCCACGCGGCUCCGAGCUUUGCUUCGAGGCUGCAGAAGUUUCUGAUGCGCCCGAAGACCGCGCGGCAACUGUCGCUCGUGAUUUGCUGAUGCUCUUCAGCCCGCGCGUCCAGGUGGACGUGCGGCGCACUCUGACUCCCAGAGGCAGUCGUCUUGACUCGAAGAGCUCCAGCGGCAGCACCACAGAAGGCGUGGUUGUGGAAGAUGAGAGCCACUCGGCCGGUCCAGGGGGGCAUGACCUGGAUGACCCGUUUGAUAAAUCCCAGCCGCCUUGUAGUGCUGGUGCAGCGCAAAAUCGAAGUCUGGGCAGCGGCCACUGCGAAGAGAAAGUACCUAGUGGCUUAGAGAUAAAGUGUGAAGUAGAUGAUGACAAUGCCGAAGACGAGAACUACACUUGUGGUUCUCCGGUGUCUUCGUUCCUCCUGCUGGAAGAUGAUUGCGCAGACGACCUGUCGCGUGUGUAUCGCAUCUUAGGAGACGAGAACGAGAAGUUCGAUUUUUCAGACGUAGCGUGUUGCUCAACAGAUACCUUACUGAGGGAAGGAAGAAUUCGAAAGACGAUAAAGCGCAAGAAGAGACGAGGAUGUGCUUCUACAGAUAGCAACGAGACUAAAGAUGAACAGCGAGCUGCCUCCUCUCACGAAGGCCAACGACAUGAAGAAGACCUCCUGCGUGGACAUUACUUUAACAGUUUACUCUCGGCGUCACAACAAGAAGACCUUGGAAAGAUGAAUAGUGAAAAGAAAGAUGAGACCAGAAACACCCCCGAUGUCCUUGAGCAGGACAAUGCUGUGGUUGUGGAGCGGUUCUCAGAUCGCUUGGACGCUGAGUCCGACCUCCCAGACUUCGGUCGCUUGGGGACGCAUCGUUCACUGACGCCACCGGAGGAGGAGCGCAAUACGGUAUUGCACCUGGCGGCAGCACUGGAAGCUUGUAGUUUCAACAACAAGGUGGGCCGCCGUCGACGUCGAGGAGUAGUCGCUAGUACAAAAAGUACAGCAAGUACGAAAGACAGGAAGCAAAUAUUCAGCGGUUCUCGUGAUCAAGAACUUCUAUCGGAUUUUAUAAGACUUGAUGUAGACUCAAUGUCAAUCAAGACCAACGUCACGUGUCUUAACGAUGUGAAACACGAGGACCACAAUCAAGAUGAACACGCUGUUGAAGUAGAUCCUGGUAGUAGUAGAAGUUGUUGUGGCAGUCCAGACACGUCGAGUAAUUCAUUCUCUGCGAGCCUGACUUCUCAGCUAAGCUUUGCACUUCCAUUCGAGUACGAUCGAGGGUGUAUUCCAGACGCAGAACACGAAGAAUACACGCUUGUCCUAAGCGAAGCACCCCAACGCGUAUCAUCUCCUUCUACUCCUAAAAAUGUGGAGAAAACUCCAGGGGUUGGUCAUGAUGAUGAUGUUGAUGACGCUGAUGAAGCUCCGAAUGUGGGGCAGCGAGCGAGACAACCAAGGAAGCGGACGCGGUACAUACGAGCACGCGUACUCGCGUUGGAGCGUGGGACGUUCAAGUUGCGGCAGUUAGGCGACCAUCUAGAAUACAGAGCAAUUGAAGAAGCCUCCCCGUCCCCCGAAGAUUGCAGCAUUGCCAGUUACUUAUCGGAAGAGUCUUCGAUUCGGGGAAGGUGCAUCGAUGACAGCUCGAAGAACGGCCGAGCUGAUCUGUUGUCAACGCUCGGGCUCGAAGUCGGGCGGUUUGUGGGUAGGAGCCGUGGCGUAGUGCUCUACAAUUUGCGACCUUCGGGUGCUGGAUGUUGUGUACAGGAUGAUGAUUUUGAAGAUUCCAACGCUAUGGAUCCCCUGAUCGACGGUCUGCUUGAGGCGGCCUCUUGUACUUCAAAGUCCUCUGCGACAGAUCGUAUCGCACCAAUAAGUAGAUACCUUCGCGAACAGGGUAAGGUAGAAGAAGACGAUUUUAGUACAACUGCUGCUGGUAGUCUUGACGAGGUUGCGGAAAACGAUGAAAAGUGGUGGUUCAGGAAGCCAGUCAUCGCUCGUACUACCCAAGGUCGAGGAGGCAUCGCGUCUCGAGAGAGACACCUCAACCCGGAUGAUCGUGAGGAGCUUCUGAUAGAAUUAUUUCGUGGGCCUUCUCCACCCGCUCUUGCAAGGGGUAAUAGCGGUGAUAUUUCUGCAGCUUUCGAAGUCGAUGAGGAACCGGCGUCAACUCGUUUACUGGAGCUUGAUUUUGACCAUUUUGAUGUAGGUCACUGCGUGCACAUUGAUCCUUUGAGUGUCGAUGACCCGGAGGUACAACAGGAUCUAGAAGACGCCGACUUGUGCUCAGCUGGUCAAGAUGGUGAAGACACAGCUCACAGUAAUGACUAUCCAGACCCACGAGUACAUUGGCACGUGGCUGCCCUCAGCGUAAUUUGCGAAGGCUCAGACGAGGACGCGCCGGACUCCCCCGUUGUAGACCACAUGUGCUCUUCAGACCGUAUGCUCCCAGGGCAGCAGCUCCUUCCGUCGGUGGUACCAGCUUGCUCUAGUUGCAAGGGUGCUUGUAGCGGAGACGGUGUUUCGAGCGGUGACGCUUCCUCUUGCGAAAAGACCGCAGACCCAUUUCAUCGUGCGGAUGAGGAGCUUCCAGCACAGGACUUAGGGAUGAAAAAUGAAGCGAGCGGCAAGAAGAAAGGCCUGCGAGGAAGGCGUAAGACAGCGCUGCUUGGUUCGAGGCCAGAUGAAGAUCCCCCGCUUUCUGCGGUCGUCGAAGAAGCAGCACCGCAAACUGCCACAGCUGAGUCAACAGCAAACGACGUUAGUAGCAGAAGCUCAGGCAUAGGCAUGAUUAGAACCUCAGAUGAAGAGGUUUGUAGAAGCCCAGACUCUAACCGAGGCUCCUCGAGUUCUAGUUGGCGGAAACAACGCCAGAUACAGCAGAGAGAGCGAGGAAUGACAGAUCCGUUGUCUUGGUAAAUAGUUCUUUGUCGAAAACUUUUUUUGUUUCCACUCUACCUCUCGUUUAUAUCGAGGAUAGCAGCCUGAUAUUAGCCCCACUGUGAGAGAGUAGUUCCUUUUUCUAGCACGGACUGAAGAUUAUUGUCGUGAAAGUGGUCGCCCUGCCGUGUGAAUAGCUAGCACACUUUGCUCCUUCGAGCAUGAUGCCUUUAGGAGCGUUUGGUCAGGCAGUACCCAUGGAAUAGAAGAUUUCAGACCUUUUGUGAUUUUGUACUUUUGUAGGUUUCUUUCAUUCAUAAUUUCAGGGUGUGUAAAUUCAGCCACUUGUUGUUUGAAAAUGACCUGUUCCAACUCCGCGUGGCUAUUGCAACUCCAUAUAUGUGAAUAUAACAAUAUAUUCUUGUGAUGCGGCUGCAAAACAACGAACCUCUGUUCCGAAAGAGCACGUCGAAGAUACCGGCUGAAAAUUAUCGUGUCGUACAGCACGAAGUUAAUAUGGCAUAGAUUGGAACGACAAUUUUGUAUCACAACAAGAAUGCUAGAAGAAGGAUUCUUGACAGACUUCGUUUGUCUUGUGAUUGAUAACAAGCACUUGAUGCGACAGAAACGCAAGGGAAAGGAAAAG